AUGGCCACCCCUGGCGCCAGUUCUUCACCUCCAUGCCCGUCCACGCCAUCAUCGUGGCCAACUUCUGCCGCAGCUGGACCUUCUACCUGCUGCUCAUCAGCCAGCCCGCCUACUUCGAGGAGGUCUUUGGCUUCGAGAUCAGCAAGGUGGGGCUGCUGUCGGCGCUGCCCCACCUGGUGAUGACGAUCGUGGUGCCCAUCGGCGGCCAAAUCGCCGACUUCCUGCGCUCCCGGGGGCUCAUGUCGACCACCAACGUCAGGAAGAUGAUGAACUGCGGCGGGUUUGGCAUGGAGGCCACGCUGCUGCUGGUGGUCGGCUACUCGCACUCCCGCGCCGUCGCCAUCUCCUUCCUGGUGCUCGCCGUGGGCUUCAGCGGCUUCGCCAUCUCCGGGUUCAACGUGAACCACCUGGACGCCGCCCCCCGCUACGCCAGCGUCCUCAUGGGGCUCUCCAACGGCGUGGGGACCCUGUCGGGGAUGGUGUGCCCCCUCAUCGUGGGGGCCCUCACCCGCCACAAGACGCGGGAGGAGUGGCAGUGGGUGUUCCUGAUCGCCGCCCUCGUGCACUACGCGGGGGUCGCGUUCUACGGGGUCUUCGCGUCGGGGGAGCCGCAGCCCUGGGCGGAGCCCCCCCGGGAGGAGGCCGAGCCCCUCGCACCGGGCGAUGAGGAUGAUGAGGAGGGGGAGUACGAGGAAGGCGGAGCGGGGAUGGGACCGCCCGGGGGGCCCCCGGCCGGCUACGGGGCCACCGGCACCACCCCGGCCCCCGGGGGGCUCCUGGGGGAUGCGGAGGAGUGAGGCGGGACCACCCCCCUGCUGACCCCCACCCCCAAACACACACACCUCAAAGCACCACUCCCCACCGGGGAUCCCCCUCGGGACCACCGGGAUCACCAGGAACUGCCCCCUACCCCCCC